AUGGCGGUGGCGUCGCGAGGCGAGAGCGUGUGGUGUGGACCGGUGCGAGUGCCACAACGAGCAGCGAUAUUUUCUGGUGUCGGGCCGGGCCGGGCCGGGCCUGUGGUGGGCCGUAACCUCAAACUCCCAACCCAUCAUCCGUUCCAGCCUCCCAACUCCCAUGGGAAAAUCCUAGCCCGUUCCCCGCCGCCGCCGGGUCCCUUCCCUUCACCGUCGCCGCCGCCGGCCUGCCACCUCGCCCCGGCAUCGUACGGCAAGGCCGCGCCACCCCGCCCCGUCCGUGACCUGCGACGUCCGUGCCUGAGCAAAGCUAGUGUCCCCCUGGCCGAGCCUCACGCCGGGUUGACCCUUCCUCGCCUCACCUCCCUUCGACCUCGCGCCGCCUUCACCGACCUAACGCGGCGUCUCCCCUGGCCGAGCCGAGCCUGCGCCACCUCACGCCGAUCGUCCCUUGCCUUCCUCCGACGCCGGCGCCCCUGGCCACGCCAAGCCGGGGCUAGAAGAGAGUGCAGACCGGAAGGUCAUAGUCUCGUAGAGCCCAUACAGCUUGCAAGAGCAGAAGAGGGUCCGACAGUAAACAAGAUCUGUGCAUUUGCAUUGCAUUGCGGCCAGAAGGGAGGAUAUGAAGUUCCUGGGUUGGUACCUCAAGAUCGCAGCCGGCGGCGCGACCAUAGGCGCUGCCAUGGAGCUCUUCAUGAUCCACACUGGCUUCUAUGAGAAGGUAACUGUGUUGGAGUCAGAAAAAAGAGCAUGGGAAAGCAGCCCAGAGGCUCAAGCUAUGAGAGAAGCCUUGAAUCCAUGGCGGAAGCAUGAUGAACAAGAGAAAAGACAGUCCUAGACUCAUGGGCCAUCCUUAGUUCUAUAAACUGCAUUGCCACCCUUCAUUUAUAGCCCUUCAUGAGGUAAUUUGGACGUGGCAUUUUCAUAGUAGGUUAAACAGUAUUAUCACCUUUCAAAUUGCUGGAUGGUGCUUCUACAAAUGCUUUCAAAGAGUACCCCCUUAUGUCUUGUUUGUUUAUAUCAACACCCAUACAUGCAGAUGGCUGUCUGAUGUCCCAUAAUAAUAAUGAAAUUAUAGUCUUGGGAGGUCGAAUAAGGCUAUUUUGUUGUGCUACACCGUUACUACCUUUUUAAUGUGUUUGCUAAAUUGCUUUACUGAAGUAUGUUUUUGUGAUUAAAGAUUGC